AUGUCCCAAUCGAGCAAAGAACGCUGUCAACACUGCGAUGAGCCGUAUGGAAGUUCUAAAAUCACCACUUGCAAGUUUUGCAAGACCAUGGUCCAUGCUGAAUGUAACGACAAAUGCAGGAAGAAGCCACCAGCGUCAUCUGCAGUACAUGGCAAAAAUUUCACCACCCUAAAGGGUCGGCAAGUUAUUGAUGAGCACAAUAGCGAUAGCCUCUUAUCGUACCUGGUGACAGAAGAAAAGGAUUGUCAAGUGCACUGGGGCAAAAAGGGACUAAGUGAAUUGAAAGAGGAAAAAAUCGGUCAAGAGCAGAAAAGCACUAGGGACAGAGCUAAGAAGGUGGCGAAAGACAAGGGAGCUGUUAUUGGAAGGGAAGUGGCCAAUAAAGGAAAUGAAUACUUGUGGAAAAAAGUUGGCGCCCACGCAUCUGCCGAUGCCGCAACAUUUUCGCAUCAUGCCCAUAAUUCUGCAACAGCAACUGAGUUUAUAGGGAUAAAAGUGGCUCAUGCUGAGGCUGGUGCUGGGGUAGCAAAGGCGACAGCAAGUGCCUCUGCGAACCCUCUUCAAGCAAAAGCAGGGGCUGGUGCCUAUGGACCGAAUGCAGGUGCCAAAGCAGCUCUAGUUGAGGGGAUCGUCGAGGCUAAUGCAGAGGCCUACGUGGGAAAAGCAGCAGCCGAAGCUGGCGUUGGCAUCGAGCAUUUGGGAGCCUAUGCUGUAGCUGAAGCUGUGACUGCAAGGGCUGGUGCCGGAAUCGCCCACACCCCGCUUCAAGCCCAUGCCCAGGGACCCGCAGCAGGAGCAGAGACUGGAGUCUCCUGGGACUACGCAGGGGGAAACGUGUCUGCCUCACUCGGGGAGGCCAGGGCCGGGCCUUUUGCUGUAAGAGCCGGUGUCAAAUUCGGUGCUGGGAUUAGAAACGGAGUUCCAGAGUUGGACGUUGGUCCAAUCUCUGCACCCUGCUCUGUCAUGUGA